AUGCCGAACCCUUUCUCUGUCAGUGAAGCCCAAUUCUCGGAUUUACUUACACAAAUCCAUGAUAUUAUAACAAAAUACUACAUUUCAAACCCACCAAAAGAAAUACGUCCGUCGAAAGACGUUCUUCAAACGACAAUCCAAGCAGAACCACCAACGGCCCUUCAGAAAGAGCCACUGGGAACCUAUGCAACCAUUCAGAACCUUCUCAACGACCUCCUCCCAGGAAUUUUCGUCCAAUCUUCUCCACAUUUCUAUGGGUUCGUUACAGGCGGUGCGCUCCCUCCAGCGCUGCUGGCAGACUUUUUGGUUACAAUGUUAGAUUUGGACGUAAUGGUUCACCUCCCUAAAGACAGCAUCCAUACAACUAUAGAGCGGCAUACAAUUUACCUCUUGUGCGAUUUGUUCCAGCUCCCAAGGUCCUUUGCUCCGGGUAGUACCAUCACCACAGGCGCUACGGGGAGUAACAUUGUAGGGCUUGCUUGUGGUCGUGAGUGGUUAUUCUCAAGAGAUGACCCCAGCUACAGUAUUGCAAAGAUUGGCUAUUUGCAAGCCGCUAUAAAAUCUGGAGUUCACAAUGGCAUUAAAAUCAUUGUAUCAAAGCCGCAUUCUUCAAUUGCCAAAGCAGCGUCAAUAUUAGGAUUAGGAUCGGAAAAUCUGAUAAAUCUUCCUGCCUCGGAAGCAGAGCCUUGGAAUAUGGACUUUGAGCGCCUUGAGAGUCUUCUGGCGAAACAGCAGGAGGACAAGGUAAGGUAUAUUGUAGUUGGGCAGCUUGGAGAAGUCAACACUGGUCGUUUUAUGAGUAACGUGCCACGUCUCCGAGAGUUGUGUACGAAAUAUGGAGCUUGGCUCCACGUCGAUGCAGCAUUUGGAUUACCAGUUCGUUGUGUUAAUGUAUAUGAUGAAGGAACGGAGGGACUGGCAGACUGGAAUAGAAUUUAUAACUGGUGCUCUGGCGUCGAGCUUGCGGAUAGUAUAACAUCGGACGGCCACAAACUGGUCAACGUACCAUACGACGCUGGGUUAUUCUUCUCGCGACAUCCGGAUGUGCUGCAGCGAGUUUUCGAGAACCCAGGAGCUGCAUAUCUUGCCACGUCAGGAGUAGAUAUUGUUGCGCCUUGUAACGUCAAUAUCGAGAACUCGCGGCGCUUCCGAGCUCUUCCAAUAUACGCGGCCUUGAAGGCACUCGGCAAAUCCGGAUACAGCGCUUUAAUCCGAAGGCUGAUCUUGCAUGCUAGAAUGAUCGCAAGGAUUAUAAAAGAUGAACUUUAUCAAUAUUAUGAGCUGAUAUUCCCAAAUAUCGAUGACCUGUUUAUGGUGGUGUUAUUUAGGGCUAAAGACGACACUUUGAACGAGGUUUUGGCAGAGCAGAUAAAUGCUACUGGGAAGAUAUGGGUCAGUGGUACCUCAUGGGGAGGUUCCAAAGCUGUGAGAAUUGCUGCGGCGAAUUGGAGAGUGAACCUUGAGGAAGAUGGAUUCGGGGGAGUAGCCAUUGUUCGGGAUGUACUGAAAAAAGUUGCUAGUUUCAAUAGUAGCUAG